AUGCGUUUCUCCAAGUCUCUCAUCGUCAUGGUGGCUGCCUCCAUGGGUGCCAACGGCGCCCCAUCUGGCAUGGACACUCUGGCCAGACAAGCGACCCCAGCUCUUCCGGCUGCUGCCCCCGCCGCCCCCGCCGUCCCCGCCGCUCCCCCUUCAGUGCCCAAGGCAGACGAUGACAAGAAGGGUGACGGCGAUAACAAGGGUGAUAAGAAGGGUGACAAGAAGGAUGACGACGACAAGAAGGGUGACAAGAAGGGCGACGACGAUAAGAAGGGUGACAAGAAGGAUGACGACGACAAGAAGGGUGACAAGAAGGGUGACGAUGAUAAGAAGGGCGACAAGAAGGGCGACGACGACAAGAAGGGUGACAAGAAGGGUGACGAUGAUAAGAAGGGCGACGGUGACAAGAAGGGCGACGGCGACCGCAACGGAGGCGGCCGUGAUGGCAACCAGAACUGCGCCGAGGAAGACCGCGGCCGCGACAGAGACGGAAAGCGGUGUUGCGUCACCCGUGGCCGGGACGGCGAUCGCAACGGGGGUGGUCGCGACGGAGACCUCAAGGUUAUCCGCGUCGAUCGCGAUGGUGACCGUGAAGGUGAGCGCGGCGGUGACCGCGACGGUGACCGCGACAACGGCGGGCGCGACGGUAACCGGAAUGGUGACUCGGAGUGCACCCGCGAAGGCGGCGAAGGCGGCCGUCGCGGCGGCAACAACGACGACGACGACAACGACAACGACAACGACAGACGUCCUCCCCCUCCGAACCCUUUCCUCCCUCCCUACCCCCCUCCCCCCGGCUUCCCCAUCGCCCCGGCUUUCCCGGUUUACCCUCCUCUCGCCCCCGGUGGUCCUCGUAACCCUGACGGUCCUCGUAACCCUGACGGUCCUCGUCGUCCUGACGGUCCUGGCGGCUCGGAUAGACCUGACAGGCCCGACGGACCCGAUAGGCCUAAUGGCCCGGAUAGGCCCGACAGGCCCGACAGACCCGACAGACCCGACAGACCCGACAGACCCGACAGACCCGACAGGCCCGAUGGGCCCGAUGGUCCUCGCCGUCCCGAUGAGGACAAGAAGACCGCCUGA